GGGGCGGGCGCCGGGGCGCAGAGUGACCGUAGCGCCGGCCGGAGCGCGGCGCAACCCAGCGCGGCGCGCACGGCGGGAGCGGCCCUCGAGCGGACCGGCCCGGAGGCGCCCCUGCCGCCCAGCUCGCGCGCCGCCGCCGCCCAUGCGCGCACCCCCGCGCGGCCGGGGUCCGUAGGCCGCAGGGCGCCUCCCAUGCUGCUGCAGCCCGCGCCGUGCGCCCCGAGCGCGGGCUUCCCGCGGCCGCCGGCCGCCCCCGGCGCCAUGCACGGCUCGCAGAAGGACACCACGUUCACCAAGAUCUUCGUGGGCGGCCUGCCCUACCACACCACCGACGCCUCGCUCAGGAAGUACUUCGAGGGCUUCGGGGACAUCGAGGAGGCCGUGGUCAUCACCGACCGCCAGACGGGCAAGUCCCGCGGCUACGGCUUCGUGACUAUGGCCGACCGGGCAGCGGCUGAGAGGGCUUGCAAGGACCCUAACCCCAACAUCGACGGCCGCAAGGCCAACGUGAACCUGGCCUAUCUGGGCGCCAAGCCAAGGACCCUCCAUUCUGGUUUUGCCAUCGGAGUACAGCAGCUGCACCCCACCUUGAUCCAGCGGACCUAUGGGCUGACCCCCCACUACAUCUACCCUCAAGCCAUCGUCCAGCCCAGCGUGGUGAUCCCGGCCGCCCCCGUCCCAUCGCUGUCCUCGCCCUUCCUGGAGUACACGCCGGCCAGCCCAGCCUACACCCAGUUCCCCCCAGCCACAUACGACCAGUACCCGUACGCCGCCUCGCCCGCCUCCGUGACCAGCUUUGUGGGCUACAGCUACCCGACCGCUGUGCCCCCCGGCCUCUCGGCCUCAGCCCCCACGGGCGCCACCUUCGUGCAGUACCAGCCUCCGCAGCUGCAGCCCGACAGGAUGCAAUGAGGCCACUGCCCCCUCGAGGCCCCUCACCCACGCACCCACCAGGCAAGUGGCCGGCCAAGCUCGGGGUGCACACCAGCACCUGUGCCUCUGGGGACCCCGCAGGACCCCCCACCUGCAGGACCCCCUGGAUGGCCUGGAGACCAAAUCCCUUUAAAUCCAGGACCCCACACAUUUCGAGGGAGGACUUGGAGAGAAAAGCGGGAGCUCUAGAAGAUGCAGCCGGACCUCCCCGCACACACAUCUGCCUUCUCCCUUCUCCCUUCACCUCCCUCCCUCUCUCCCACCCGAGCUCCGGGCUGAGGUCUCCCUGCAUCUGUGAGGCCUCCUGCCCUCCACAGGGCCCCCCCCUUGGGCUCUGCGGAAACUGUCCUGCUCAGAGAUGCCUUACUUCAGGGAAACCUGAAGGAGCGACGUGAAUUGACUGUUGGUUGUCGCUCGUUCUGCACAAGCUGUGAACGCGGAGGCCGUGUGCAGGGAGGCCGCCUGUGGAACUCUCCUUUCCGGUCUCUCCCGCCAGACCCCGGGGCUCAGUGCCGCGGCCCCCAGCCGGCUUCCCCGCCCUCCAAGCACUGCAGCCUCUUUUCUUACUGUCAUUGUUUUGCUACUAAGAAGAUUCAGAAGUUCAGUUUAUUUUUUCAACGGAGGCUCCUGCCCCCAGGGAACCAGAACCUGUUUGGAACCAGAACCUGUUUUUGACUUUGAGACUCACUUUUGUCCGUGGCUCCGCCUGAGGAGAAGGACAGUAUUUCUUUUUGAAAAGGUGUCUGUCUGUCGCUGGAGCACCCGGAGUCCCUCGGAGGGUGGGCAUCUCCAGGUCUCUCUCGGUAACAGUAAGUUGUCUCAGAAGCCUGUCUCCACCCCUGCUGCGCCUGCAGGGACAGAGCGAGGUGAUGCUGGCUGAGCACCCCCGCCUCCUCAGUCCCUGUUGCACCCAGCCUGGCGGGGACCCGCCUGACGCCCUGCCUGCCUAGGGCUGGGUGCAGAGGGAGGGAGUGACGGCUCCCGAGGCGGCGGGAGGGGGCGGUGAGGGGCAGCCGGCCAGGGGGUGGGGGAGUGUGGACGGAAGGUCAGGGGGCGCUGGGGGUAUUCCUUCAGACCUACCUCAGGGAAGCGGGAGGCUCAGGGCUGACUGGCGCAGGCGGUGCUCCUGGUCCACAGUCAAGUCCCAGGAAAUACCGGUAGCUAAUGUUAUAAUAAUAUUUUUAUUAGAACGUUCUGAUUAUAAAAAUAAAACUUGUUUUCUUUAAA